AGUUUUUAUCUAAGGCAGCAAUGGCGAGAUCCGAGACUAGUUCAUAAUUCAUUUAAUCGCAGCUUAGUAGUGAGUCAUACACAUAUAGAGAAAAUGUGGGUUCCAGAUACGUUUUUCCCACAAGCCAAAUCAGAGUACAGACAUCUUCUAACUACACCCAAUGUUUUGAUGCGAAUGGAACCUGAUGGGUCUCUGUUGUACAGUCAGAGGUUAUCUGUAACAUUACAAUGCAAGAUGGAUUUACACAAAUUUCCUUUGGAUGAGCAAAGCUGUGCUAUACAGAUGGAAAGUUACAGCUAUGUGGCAUCAGAUGUAUAUUUUACUUGGUCUCCAGAAAGAGGAAGCCUGAAUGUCCUAGAAAAUGCCUUCAUUCCAGACUUCUCCAUAAUAGGAAGUUCUUCUGAAGAUUGUACAGCAAAAUAUGCGACAGGUACAUUUACAUGUUUGAAAGCGUCAAUAGAACUUAAAAGAGAAAUUGGAUUUUAUAUCACCCAAACCUACGUCCCAAGUAUAUUGAUAGUAAUAUUGUCAUGGGCAUCCUUCUGGAUAGAUCACGAAGCAGUUCCAGCACGUAUAUCAGUAGGACUGCUAACCGUUCUGACCAUAACCACCCAGAGUUCUGGAGCCAGAUCGCAGCUUCCUCGGGUACCUUAUAUUAAAAGUAUAGACGUUUGGAUGGCGGUGUGCUUAGUGUUUGUGUUUGGUGCUUAUAUGGAAUACGCCGUAGUCACUGUUUUAAGUCGAAGACACAGGAAAACAAUAGCACGGGUAAGUCGGAUUUUUUUUUAA